GCCAGUGUUGCCGUGUCCAGGGUUGUCGCUGGUACUUUCACCGUUACCGUGCCGUACCGUUCGUCGUUUACCGUUAGCCAUGCCGUCGCCAUUUUGCCGCACUCGGUUCGCAUUUGCCGUCGUCGUUUCCGUUAGCGAAACCGUUACCUUCGCAAUUGCCGUCGCCAAAAUGGCGUUCGCUUAAAAUCGUGCUCGAGUGCCAUUGAAAAUGGAAUGAAAAUAAAAAUAUAAUCCAAUAUUUAAAUUUAAAAAUAAACGAAAAUCUAAGUAAUACUGAAAUUACAAAAGUUAAAGUGCCGAAAUAAAACUCAAAAAGGGGCCUGUAAAGAAACCGUGUGCUAAUUGAAAUAACCUAACUGAAAUAUAACUCAUACGACGCGUGUACAAAUCGCCGGCCCCAUUGCAAUGAUGCAAACCCUGAAACCACCGCCACCGCUACAUCAUCACCAUCAGCACCAACUCCAGCAUCCGCAUCAGCAGCAGCCACAUCAGCAUCAGCAUCAGCAGUUGCAACAUCCCCAGUUGCAGCAGCAGCAGCAGCAGCAACAGCACCUGACAGCCAUGGAUAAUCACCAGCAGAAUCAGCCGCAUAUCCAUCAGCAGCAGCAGCAGCAACAAUUGCCACCCACGCCGCAGGCAUCUCACCUGGUCGGUCCGCACCACAAUCACCUGGCUGUCGACCAGGAUGACCCAAAUCCCGAACUGGUGCUCGCCUUAAUUUCCAGGAACCGUGCGCUCGAGGCUACGAUCCCCAAGUGCGGUGGCUGCCACGAGCUGAUCCUGGACCGCUUCAUCCUUAAAGUGCUGGAAAGGACGUGGCACGCCAAGUGCCUGCAGUGCAGCGAGUGCCAUAAUCAGCUGAACGACAAGUGCUUCGCGCGGAAUGGCCAGCUAUUCUGCAAGGAGGACUUCUUCAAGUCGAACAGACGUUACGGUACAAAGUGUUCCGCUUGUGAUAUGGGCAUACCGCCAACGCAGGUGGUGCGCCGGGCCCAGGAUAAUGUCUACCAUCUGCAGUGCUUCCUGUGCGCCAUGUGCUCCCGCACCCUGAACACCGGCGACGAGUUCUACCUGAUGGAGGAUCGCAAGCUGAUUUGCAAGCGUGAUUACGAGGAGGCCAAGGCCAAAGGCCUCUAUUUGGAUGGCUCUCUGGAUGGCGAUCAGCCGAAUAAGAGACCGCGCACCACGAUCACCGCCAAGCAGCUGGAGACCCUGAAAACCGCCUACAACAACAGCCCCAAGCCCGCCCGCCAUGUACGUGAGCAGCUUUCGCAGGACACGGGCCUGGAUAUGCGGGUGGUGCAGGUCUGGUUCCAGAACAGGCGGGCCAAGGAGAAACGACUGAAAAAGGACGCGGGACGCACGCGAUGGAGCCAGUACUUCCGCUCGAUGAAGGGCAACUGCUCGCCGCGCACCGAGAAAUUCCUCGACAAGGAUGAGCUGAAGGUCGACUACGACAGCUUUAGUCACCAUGAUCUGAGCAACGACAGCUACAGCACCGUCAAUUUGGGCCUGGAUGAGGGCGCCUCGCCGCACAGCAUCCGUGGGUCCUACAUGCACGGCAGUUCGAGUCCGUCGCAAUAUCCGCCGAGCAGUCGCUCGCCGCCGCCAGUUGGCCAGGGUCACACCUUUGGCACCUAUCCGGAUAAUAUUGUGUACACCAAUAUAGAUCAAGCGGUGGGUUCCAGUUUGCAUGCCAGCAAAACGCAUCAUCGCCUGCACAGUAGCAACAAUGUCUCCGAUUUGAGCAACGAUUCUAGUCCCGAUCAGGGAUAUCCCGACUUUCCGCCCAGUCCUGAUUCCUGGCUGGGCGAUUCGGGUAGCACCAAUACAACCAGCGCCAACAACAACAACAACAACAAUGCGAACAACAGCAGCAGCAGCAACAAUAACAAUGGAAGCAGCGGCGGUGGGAGUGGCAGUGUGAGCGUCAGCACCGCCCCCAAUCCGUCAGCAACGGGCGUACAUUACUGAUACUCAAAUCUGCUUUUGCGUUAUUUUGAGAUGCAGUCGCGAAGCCUGCUGCUGGCCGCUGCCCAGCAGCAACAUCAGCAACAUUCGUCGCAACUAUAGCAGCGACGCCAUAUUGAAAGCUCACAACAGUAGCAGCAGCAACAGCAGAUGUUGCUGCCUCGACAGCAGCAACAGCAACAUCAGCAAUAUAAAUACCAACAGCAGUAAGACCUGCAACAGCAACAGCAGUAGAAGCAGUGACAUCAAUAGUUGCAUCUGUAACAGCAGCAACAGCAGUAAAAGCUGCAACAGCAACAGCAGUAGAAGCAGCAACAGUGACAGCGGCAACAGCAACAUCGACAGCAGCAACAGCAACAGAGAAAGCUUGGCUCUUGAGAAAUAUGGCAACGCUGUCGUGUGGGUUUCACACCCACAUUUCAAACCCUAUUGUUUAAGCACUAAGCCUUCUUAAUUUCUAAAAAUCCCACACAUAGAAAACAAAAACCAACACAAUUUGCUCAAAAUCCUUGAUUUCAAUUCGGUUUGCCAAUUGGUGGGCUUAGCUUGAGAUACACCAAAAACACGGCUUGAAUGUUACUAAGCGUUAUGAUUACAACUGUUUUUGAACGAUUACUUCGCUCUAUCAUUUACAUUCGUAACCCUGAUAAUUUAAUGUAAAUAUUGUAUAUUUGUGUAUAGUGAAUGGAAACUAAAACUGAAUUUUAAAUUAAUUAAGUCUGUAUAGCGUCAAACAAAUGCGGGGCAAAUGCGAGCACAACAUUGGUUAGGCCCUGCCCCAAAAACCAAAAAAAAAAAAAGAAGAAAUCAACAAGUUAUUUAUUGCUUUAUAUAGGAAUACAACAAAAUUGCAUAGGAGAAAUAUCAAUUACGAAAACGUGAUGUCGUAUUUAUAUCUAACGAAAAACCAAACAAAAACCAAAAAAUAUUUCAACCGAAUAGAAAUGUCAGUAAAAAACAAGGGAGAACGCUAUAGUCGAGUACCUCGACUAUCAGAUACCCGUUACUCAGCUUAAGCGACCAAAGG